UCAAACAGAGAGACAUUCAGCCCUCUGUGUUCAGCGGCUCUACCUCCAGCGCUCGGCUCUCAGUCAACAUGAGGUAUCUUCCAAACCUUCUGCCAGCUGUGCUGAUAUGGUUAAUGCAUUUUAAGUGUUGCCUGUUUCAACAUGAAGAGAACACAACCAGCUAUCCAGAAAAGCUCAGCUCUCUGAGCUAUGACUAUGACAGCUUCACUAUGGACUACAACACCAGUAUAGAUUAUAGUGAAUAUAAUAACUUCUGUGUGAAAGAAUCCAACCGCCAGUUCCGCCGCUGGUUCAUGUCCACCUUCUACUCCAUCAUCUUCUUCCUGGGGCUGACAGGGAACCUCCUGGUCAUCCUCACCUUCUUCUACUUCAAGCGUCUCAAGACCAUGACGGAUGUGUUCCUGCUCAACCUGUCCUUUGCGGACCUUCUCUUUGCUCUGUCACUCCCUUUUUGGGCAGCCAACUCCAUGGCAGAAUGGGUUCUGGGCCUGCUGGUGUGCAAAGCCAUGCACACCAUUUAUAAGGUCAGCUUCUACAGCAGCAUGUUCAUUCUCUCUUUCAUUAGCGUGGAGCGCUACUUCGUCAUCGCCAAGGCCGUCUCCGCUCACCGCUACCGCUCCAAGGCUGUGUUUCUCAGCAAGGUGUCAUCAGCUGCCAUCUGGGUGAUGGCACUGAUCUUCUCAAUACCAGAAAUGAGGUACACCACCGUCAAUAACAAAACCUGCACCCCUUACUCCAGCAACUCUGACAAGCUGCGCGUCAGCAUCCAGUCGACCCAGAUAGUUUUGGCCUUUGCUCUCCCGUUCCUGAUAAUGAGCAUCUGUUACAGCAGCAUUAUCCGGACCCUUUCAAAGACUCGGAGCUUUGAACGCAAUAGGGCCAUCAAGGUGAUUCUCGCCGUGGUGGCCGUCUUCCUGGUCUGCCAAGUACCUUAUAACCUGGUUUUAUUUUUGAACACAGUGGUCACAGCACAAGGAGGAACGGUUGACUGCGACUUUGAGAACAAUCUCCUCUACGCAACCGAUGUGACCCAGUGCGUGGCCUUCCUGAGGUGCUGCCUGAACCCCUUUGUCUACGCCUUCAUCGGUGUGAAGUUUCGUCACGACCUCCUGAAGCUAAUGAAGGAAUUGGGUUGCAUGAGCCAGUCGAGCUUCGUCAGGUAUAAGUACGGCAGGAGGAGGAGUUCAGGGGCCACAGAGACUGAGACCACCACCACGUUCUCUCCUUGAAGCUCUUUCAGCAUGGACAUCUGCCUAUUCACACCUGCACAGCUCACAUUGGACAAUUAGAUAAAAGUCUAAAAAAACAUACGUUAUUUGACAUGUAAAUAGCCAAGUUUAUCAUAGAAUUACAUGUAUGUGGGGUUUGGUUGUUGUUGUUUUUUUUGUCUAUUUGUUGUGUUUAUUUUGUCAAGGCUUUGAUUGUUUGUUGGGCUACAGUGCACAGUAUUUUGAUGAAAUCCAUUGUGUGAAUGUAAAAUCAUGUUUUUCCUAACUUUUUACUUGACAGUGGAAGUUAAUAUGUGUUGAAACACAAUAAAGUUUGAUGGAAUAA